AUAAAAAUAAAAAUAAAAGUGAGAAGCAUGAAGCCAAAAAGUCUACUAGUUAAAUUUGGUUGUUGGAACGUGCCAGCCAAUCUCUUAUGUCAAAUCAAAUGCUUGGCAGCUUUUGCGUAUGGAACAUUGAAUUAUUCAAAUUAUAUUUGUUUAUCCAAACAUGGCAUAAUUGAAAUAGAAGGUUUAAAACGAGAAGGUGAUGAAGAAAAACGUUAUUGGAUGGUGUUGGUUCCAUAACAAGGAGAGAAUCAUAUGGCCAUUAACAAAACAGAGAUUUGCAUGGAAAAUGAUAACCGUUCCCUUUUACACAUGGAGAACUUGACUCUUCCCUCGGUUGUAGUGAUAAGGGCAAGUAUGGGAUGCAAUAAGUGCAGGGGAAGAGUUUCCAGAGUUGUAUCCAAAAUGACUGGGUUGACAGAGUACACAGUGGAUGUGCGCAAGAAAGAAGUAACUAUUAAGGGAGAUUUCACACCACAUUGGAAUUUGGGGGAUGAAAGCAUUAGAAGCAACACUCUGCAGAGUGCCAAUGAUCCACCCAACUCCCUCUCUAUAUGUUUAACUCACUCUCACUAACAUUAAUCUAAUAAAAACUAUAUUGUACCUACAAUAUAUAAAUUAAUUCGUUUGUUUUA